AUGGAGCCUCCCCACAGCAGCCUGAACAGUCCGAGUGUGGAGCUGAAGAGUCUGCAGCUGUGUGACGGAGAGUCUGCAGACAGCGGCAUCGGGGACGGGGACGACCUGCCGCUUCCUCAGCAGAUUCGGGUCAGUAACAUCACCUGCGAUUCGUUCAAGAUCAGCUGGGACAUGGACAGCAGAGGCAGAGACAGGAUCACACACUACUUCAUCGACCUCAACAAGAAGGAGAACAAGAAGGAGAACAAGUUUAAACACAAGGACGUACCAACGAAGCUGGUGGCAAAGGCAGUUCCCCUGCCGAUGACGGUGAGAGGACAUUGGUUCCUGAGUCCUCGCACGGAGUACACCGUGUCCGUCCAGACUGCCGCCAAACAGCCAGAUGGAGACUACGCCGUCUCUCAGUGGAGCGAGAUCAUCGAGUUCUGCACCGCAGAUUACUCCUCCGUCCAUCUGAACCAGCUGCUGCAGAAAGCCGAGGCCAUUGCCGGCAGGAUGCUGCCGUUCACCGUCUUCUACAGAAACCAACAGCAGGAGUACUUCCAACAGGCCAGCCCCGGCUAUCGUUCCAGAGACGCUCAGUGUCGCAGGAUGCUGCCGGCGGUUAAAGACAACAGCGGCAGCCAUGGGUCACCCAUCAGCGGCAAACUGGAGGGGGUUUUCUUCAGCUGCAACACAGAGUUCAACACAGGGAAACCGCCCCAGGACUCUCCAUAUGGACCCUACCGCUUUCAGAUCCAAGCAGAUGUCCUCUUCAACCAGAACACCAACAUCUACUUUGGGGAUUUCUACUGCAUGUACACCUCCUACCACUACGUCAUCCUCGUCCUGGCUCCUCACGGAUCCAAAGGAGACGUCUUCUGUAAAGGGAGGCUGCCGGCGCUGGACAGAUCUAACAACUGCUUCCUGAGCUGCGCUGAGGACGAGAACGGCACGCUGUCUUUCUGUCACGCUCAGGACGUCAUCCUGGAGGUGAUCUACACAGAGCCGGUGGAUUUGUCUUUAGGGACGGUAGCACAGAUCAGCGGGCACCAGCUCAUGAGCCAGUCCACCGUCAAUGCCAAGAAAGACCCCAGCUGCAAGAUCUGCAACAUCAGCGUGGGACGUUAG